AGUUUUUACUAGGUCGAAAGUUCCGUGAUUUUAUAAAUUUUGAGAUUUAAAAAAGCUAAUUUUACGUGUUAGGGUUGAUGAAAAGAGCGAGACCGAGCAGACGAAGAGCUUCAGAGGGCAAGAGCGAGUAGGUGAGACCGAAACUGAAGCUUUGGAGCUAUCUUCUUCUUCAUCUCUGAUCCCUGCCGCGCAAUUUUUCAAGAACUUCAUUGCAAGUUUGAAUUUUUCGCUCAUCUUGAUUCAUGAAGAAUGCUUGAAAACUCUAAAGUUGGGUGUUUGCUUUGUCUUUCUGGAUCUGUUCAUGGUUGAUUAUGUGUUCCUCUGGUGUUUUAGAACCAAGAACACUAUUCUCUCACAUGGGGGUAUUCGAUCGAAUUCACCCUAUCUUCACACGCAGGAUCACACAGCUUCGGCAUUGGAGUUCCUCAAGAGAAUCAAAAUUGAGAAUUUUCUCUGGUUGCUCAUCGCAAUGUACCCUCACUCAAAAGGCCUCCUUUUCAUCACCAUCAAUGAGUUCAGUGCAGUCUCCUAUAAAUCAGGAAGUCGUGAUAGCUUUAGGGAGCAAUGUGGGCGAUCGAAUCAAAAACUUCAACAGAGCUCUUCAGCUGAUGAAGGAAUCAGGCAUCCAAAUCUCAAGCCAUGGAUGUUUGUAUGAAUCUGAGCCUGCUUAUGUGACAGACCAACCUCUAUUUCUCAAUUCAGCUGUCCGAGGAACAACCAGAUUUGGACCUUUUGAACUGUUGAAGGUGCUCAAGCAAAUCGAGAAGCAGUUAGGCCGGACCGACGGCAUUAGAUACGGCCCAAGGCCGAUCGAUCUAGACAUUUUGUUCUAUGGAAGUCACAGAUUUGAAUCAGAGAUUCUUACCAUCCCUCAUGAACGCAUAUGGGAGAGACCGUUCGUGUUGGCUCCUCUCAUAGAUCUCCUAGGAACAAAUUCUAAUAGAGACAUCGAAGCAAUUUGGAAUUCGUUCUCAGGCUGCAAUGGUGGUAUAUUUGAACAAUGGCAGCAAGUCGGCGGAGAAAUUUCAAUCGAAAGGGAAGGACUCAGGAGAGUUAUGCCCAUAGGAACUCAGCUGUGGGAUUGGAUGAAGAGAACACAUGUCAUGGGGGUCCUCAAUCUAACACCAGACAGUUUCAGUGAUGGAGGGAAGUUUUAUGAAGUACCAUCUGCUGUUUCUCAUAUCAAACAGCUGAUCUCAGAGGGGGCAGACAUUAUCGACAUUGGCGCUCAAUCAACCCGACCUUUCGCUCGUCGGCUUUCUGCUUCGGAAGAGCUUCGAAGGCUGCUCAUCCCUGUGCUAGAUUCAGUCAUGCAAAUACCAGAGAUUGAAGGGAAGCUUUUAUCAGUUGAUACCUUCUAUGCAGAAGUAGCUUAUGAAGCAGUAAAGAGAGGAGUUCAUAUUGUUAAUGAUGUCUCUGGAGGUCAGCUCGAUCCCGAUAUUCUAGCCGUCGUCGGAGAGCUCGAAGUUCCCUUUAUAAUCAUGCACAUGAGAGGGGAUCCAUGCACGAUGCAGAGCGAAGAGAACUUACAAUAUGAAGAUGUUUGUGAAGAAGUUGCCUCCGAGCUAUAUGCAUGUGUAAGCAAAGCAGAGCUUUCAGGAAUUCCAAUGUGGAGGAUUAUUGUCGACCCCGGCAUUGGAUUUGCCAAGCAGAAGGAGCACAACUUGGAUAUUCUCAUGAACUUACCAUCCAUUAGGAAGGAGAUUGGUAAAAGAAGCUUGGGUGCUUCGCGCGCUCCAUUAAUGGUUGGACCUUCAAGGAAGAGGUUUUUGGGUGAUAUUUGUGGCAGGGUUGAUGCGGCUGAGAGAGAUCCCGCCACCAUUGCUGUUGCUACUGCUGCUAUUCUUGGCGGGGCUAAUAUUAUCAGAGUGCAUAAUGUGAAGGAUAUGUUGGAUGCGGCGAAGGUCUGCGACGCAUUGCGCAAAAGGAAAGGAGUGAGGGGGAUUUCUGAAUCACAUGAACAUAUAGGCCUCUGAAUUGUGGGCAAACAUGGAGAUUUUUAGAUCACCACUGAAUGUAAGUUAAAUGAAAAUAUGUUAUUGAGGCUUAUUUUGGUACUGAUAAAUGAGAUUUGUUAUUGAUUAUAUCUUUUUUUUUGGUCUGUGAUUACUAUGUUGGAAGUUUCUUUGAGUAGUUAUGAUGCAAUUU